AUGGCGGAAAUCCUCAACCUAUUUCCAGCACUGUCGGGAAUGAUGUCUUUACCGAAAAUCGUAUGUGAAGAUGACCCAAAAACGACAGAGGUAAAUUGCGCAAUCAGUGAUUUGACAGAUUUUUUAGAUAGAUCAGUUGAAGGUGCUUCAACGGGGUUUGCUGUCCAGGAAUUGGUGGAGGGAUUAGCACAGCUGGCUGUCCAUCCUAUUAAUAAAGAAAAGAUAAUAGAAAAGUCGUUGUCUUCCUUUUACAAAAUAUUGGAAAAAAGUAACGACAGAAGACUGACGAGUUAUGUUAGGGAAGUUCUAGACAGAUUGGGAUUCAGUGACGUAUGCCCUACUGGUACGGAACAUUGUCAUAGAGAUACGGAGAAACAAAAUAAAGGUGACUUACAUCCUGAUGAACAAAAGGAAUCUGCUGACAUUAUGCUAAUGUUAGAUGAUCUUCAAUGCGUGUUGUUGGACCGUGAGAGUUUUUGUACUAAUGACGUAGUGGAUAUCAUCAGUGGUGUAAGACAGAUGGUUUAUGGCAAUCUAAACUGUAGGCAAAAUAUAUUCCAACACAUGACUAAGAAGGAAUGGCCUGAUUUAUUUGUCCGUAUUAUAUCUGAUGUGUGGUCACUAGGCGAAGAUGUAGGCCUCUACACCAAUGAGGUGUCAUGGUCAAUCCUUGAAAAUGCAAUCACUAUGCUAACAACCUACAGCGACGCUGAUGUUGACUUUGCAGAUGCCCUCAUCGAACACGGAGCAUUAAAAUUAGUGUUUAAAAUUGCUGCUGUAUAUUAUAUUCAUCUCCUUGAAAAGGCCACUGCCCUUCAAGAAAAAGUUGCUGAAUAUCGAGGAGAGGCCAUGCAAUGGAAUAAAAAACCAGAAGCAAAUGAGCAGAAGGUGACUCACGCAGAAGACGAUUUGUUAAAACUUAAGACGACGGAGGAUAGUGUCCGCAAUAGCAGUUACUCUGACAAGCCUGACCCAGGUUCAACACCAACAACAGAAAACGCAACAACAAGAGAAGUAUUAACGAUUGUAUAAUUUUAUUAUACAAACAGCGUAAGUUGUUAUCGUUCACAAAUUAAAUGAUAAUCAAUUAAAGAUAUUGUAGUGAUAUGGCCCUUAUUUUCAUUCUCGUUUAGUGUACCGGGAGUCGUGCUUUUUACACUUUGAAGACCUGUCAGCCAGUUCGCGUGUGUCAACGAGGAUUCAACUAUUGCAUACCGAAAAGAUAG